UCUGCCUUCUUGCCUUUGUGUAAAGGCAUAUUUCUCUUCGAAAAUUCAGAAAGGAGAAAUUGUAAAUCACGGUGUUUCUUGACUCCACGCAACAAACACAUAAAAAGCAGAAAUACGAAAGGCAGGAAGCAAGAAACAAUAAGCAAGAAGCACUUGUAGAUCAGGCUUAAGGAUUGUUGUCGUGACGGUGACGAGACCAGUGUGAUAAAACUGCGGAGAAGUGUAGAGACGUGAAAGUACAUGGCAAAGCAGGAAUAAACGAGGAACCUUGCUGCUAUACUGGAAAGUGAAUAUAAAAACAGAAUUAAAAUAAUGUUGCAUGUCACGUUGUGAACAGUGGUGCAUAGAUAUUCGUAAUAAAACGCGUCAUUGUUUCUAUCUGCAUAACAAGGUGUUACUAGCUAUAAAUGCAUUACAUCUCAUACAACACAUCCUAUUUUAAUUUUUAAUAAUAUAUGAAUUGUUAAUUAUCAUAUAAAAUACUGUAAUUGUCAGAAAAAUGGGUAAUAACAGUACUAAAAAACACCAUGACAAUGACGUGAAAAUACGACGUGAUAUAAAUGCAUUACAUAAUGUAAAUGCAUUACAUAAUGUAAAUGCAUUACAUAAUGUAAAUGCAUUACAUAAUGUAAAUGCAUUACAUGAUAGAAAUGCAUUGCAAAGAAGAUAUGAAUCACAUACGUCAGUAGAAUUUCCAUCAGUACCAUCACAAGGAAUUCCCACUACUUCACCUACAAGAAAUAUUAAUCACAGCGGUUCACGUUUAGAAACAGAACAAGAUUUAUCUCGUAACUUGAGAUUCAAUAAUACAGUUAAUACCAUUAAUAAUAAAGUUGCAACAGUGACUGACAAAGAAAAAUAUAGCAAUGAAAAUCAAACGACUAGGUUGGUAAAUCAUACCGACCCGCAAAUAUCACUAUUAAAAAUACAGAACGACUUUAUGACGGAAUGGUUUACAUGGAAAAAAACAUUUCUUACGUAUAAAAAAUCGAUUGAUCCACUGGAAAUCAAUAAAGAUAAGUGGUGUAUACUGCUCUUAAAUCGUAUGGGUCCUAUCGGCCAGGAUAUUUAUAAAACUUUUACAUUCGAAGACUUUCAUGAAAAACAAGAUAUAAAUAAAUUAUUAAAGAAAUUUGAUUUCUAUUGCUUAUUUGGAAAUUUAACAAGAGAAGAUCCUGAUGAAACCGAUAAAUACGUAAAUGCCUUAAUGGUAAUGGCAUCGAAACAUAUGACAAAUACGGAUGAAGUAGUGAAGGAGAAGAUUUUAAUGGAAGUAGAUAAAAAUAAGUUCAGGCAAAAAGUUGGAAAUUUAAUUCCAGGAUUCUCAUAUCCUGCGGGUAUACAGUGGUUAACUGUAAGAGAAAUGGCAUACAUUUGGAUGUCGUACGAAAACUUCGACUUCAAACGAGAUGAAAAAAUCCUCAAGUCUCAAGUUAAAAACUGUCGUAAUUGUGGAGACACGCAUGCGCUAAAUAGAUGUCGUGCUCAUGGUAAAAAAUGUACCAAGUGCGGCAUCGAAAAUCACUUUUUCUACAGAUGUCCAUCUCAAUAUUUUGCCAACUGCAUACGGUGCGGAGAAGGUCAUUUUUCUCGACAAUGUCCUGCUUACGGGAAUGAAUGCCAUAAAUGUCAGAAACCGAAUCAUUUCUCCUGGAAAUGUGGGUUUCAAAAGCUUCUACAAUGCAAAUUUUGUGGUAACAUGCAUUUUGCAUCUAAGCCAUGUCCCGUGAGAAACUUCUAAGAAUGUAAGAAUAUAAUGUAUUGUGAGGGAUUAUAU